UCGAGCUGUUUUUUUUUGGUUGAAGAAAGUUAAAAUAAUUCAAGCUGUAUUUGAUCGACCUGUAUUUCGUUGCACGCAUUUUUGGGCUGUCAGAGGUUUAUUUAGGAUGUCAUCGAACUUGUAAACUACUUGCAGUGAGUUUUUUGAUUAUUUGAUUUCGAGGUGUAAGUGUUUAUUUUAAUAUAAGCAUUUGAUGAUAAAAAAUGUAUUUUUAUUGGUUUAAAGUUUGAUGGUACUUUGAGUUAGGACUAGUCCUGAGUUGAAAGCUUGCACUUGGGGGCAUUGUAUAUUGCAUCACUCUUUUCAAACUGCUAAUAUAAGUUGGAAACAUGCAGUUUUGUGAAUUAUUUCACCAAGGGCUUUAAUGGGAUCUAACUGCUGCAAAUGUGACCGAGGAGCCGCGGAAGGAUCCAAAAUAACGUUAGACGACCUCCUUAAGGACCAAGCCAUAGUCCUGAGAGAGAUGACAAUGCAAGAGACAAGAAAUGAAAAUAUGAGAGAGACGGGAACAGAGGAUACAAAAACUGAUGAUGUACCAUCAGAAUCAGAAUCUCCAAGUCCAACUUUGAGGCCCUUAGAAGUUUUGCAGGAACCCAGUUUAGUUUCUGCUGGAUUACAUGAAAAAAGUUCUAGUAGUGAAGAAUUGCAAAGAAAUAUUGUUAGAGAUGGGUUGCCAUGUUAUAGAGCAUCAAAUAUUCUUUGGAGUACUGGGUCAUUUUCUGAACCGAUCCCAAAUGGUUUCUACUCUGUAAUCCUGGAUGAUAGAUUUAACCUUUUUGAAAGGAUUCCUACAUUGGAGGAACUUCAUGCUCUGGGUGAUGAAGGUCUAAAAGCUGAUGUGAUUAUUGUAGAUUUGGACAAAGAUAAGAAGAUUGAAAGGCUAAUGAACUUGGCCAUUGUUGAAGCACAAUCAAAUCCAGCUAAAACUAUUACGAUCAUUGGUAAUCUGGCGGUAGAUUUUUAUAAACUAUCAGCUUUAAGAAGUCCUUCAGUAACUGCAGAGUCAUCUGAAAGUCAUGGUUUCCCACUACUAGGACAGAUCAGUCAUGGUUCUUGCCAUGCUCGAGCCAUCUUGUUUAAAGUUCUAGCUGAUGCUAUUAGCAUUAAAAGUAAGCUGAAGCUUGUGAAGGGUUGUUCCAGUGAUCAAUGUUGUCCUAGUGAUUUGAAUUCUUCUGCUAGUGUCGACUCAUAUAACCAUAUGUCUGUUGUGGUUAUCCUCAAUACCAUGGAAAUGCUAGUGGACUUAAAGCAAUGCCCUGUUAAGCUUAUUCCCAUGUCAAGCAAUGUGUCUCCUCUUUCAGUUGCUGAGAAAUGCUCUUCUCAUUCACCAUUGGAGCCAAAUAGCCCCAUGUACGGUUAUAUAGACCAUGCAAGGUCAGUGGGAGAUGUAAAUGAAUUCUUGAAGCAGAGACUCUUCUCAAAAGAGCAAGAUGAUAAUGACAGCACUGAGAGCCGUGAUAUCCGUAUCUGGAAUGAAGUACUAGAAUCUCCAAUGUUCCAGAACAAGCCUUUGUUACCAAAUGAAGAAUGCAUCAUAGAUUUCUCCACUUUGAAACUGCGGACUCGUAUUGGAAUAGGUUGUUUUGCAGAGGUCUUCCGUGGUACAUGGAAUGAAACAGAAGUUGCGGUCAAGAUCUUUACUGAUCAAGGAGUCACAGUUGAGAACAUAAAAGAUUUCUGCAAUGAGAUAUUCAUUCUUAGCCGUAUUCAACAUCCUAAUGUUAUCAUGUUUCAUGGAGUAUGCAUAAAGCCUCCUCAGUUAGCACUGGUCACAGAGUAUGUGGAUAAAGGGUCCUUGUAUCAUUUGCUCCAUUGGACUGACGAAAUCAAGAACUUAAGCUGGCGAGAGAAGAUAAAUAUAUUGCAUGACAUUUGCAGGGGCUUAAUGUGCAUGCAUGGGAUGGGGAUAGUCCACAGAGAUCUAAAGAGUGCGAACUGUUUGCUGAGCAAUGAUUGGACAGUCAAGUUAUGUGACUUUGGUCUCUCAAUAAUGAUGCAAGGCACAACGGUGAAUGACGCUGUACCUGCAGGAACACCAGAGUGGGUUGCUCCUGAAGUUAUCCGCAAUGAGCCCUUCUCCGAAAAAUGCGAUAUCUAUAGCUUUGGUGUGAUCAUGUGGGAGCUAUGCACUCUAUCCAAGCCAUGGGAAGGAGUCCCAAAACAGAAGGUGGUUAGAACCGUUGCAAACGAGGGAGCUCGGCUAGAUAUACCUGAAGGACCAUUAACCAAGCUUAUAGAAGAUUGUUGGUCAGAAGAACCAGAGCAAAGACCAAGCUGUCCAGAGAUACUGACCUAUCUAGAAGUCUCUUCCCUGAGUCUGUAAUAUCUUCUUGUUCUUUGUCUGAAUAAAAUGUCUUAUAAUAUUUGCUUCUGUGUUCACUGACUUUUAAUAUAAAAACUUAAAAAUCAUUAAUCAUUGCAAUUUGCAAA